GAGAAUUUUCCACUUUAUCUUAAAUAUUCGAAUCCUAAAACACUUUUUCCUGUUUUAUAUAAACACAAAAAAGAAAAUGGGCGAUCAUGACGAUUUUGAAGAUAACCAGUACCCAGACAACGACGAGUUUGUUCCAUACGUGACUGCCGGCAAUCUCACACAAAGAAAUGGCGCGAAAGUGGCGAUUUGGGGCAAAAUCACUAGAGUAUCAGCGAGCGAGGGCUUUUACAUCAAGACUGUCGAUGACCAAGAAGUACUUAUCAAACUGAGGAAGCCCUUAGACGAGCCUUUGGAAGGCUGGUACGAGAUAUUUGGCGUGUCUCAGGGGAAGAGCAUACUAUGCGAUGAAUACGUGCCUUUUAAUCAAGAAAUGACCAAGAAUGUUGAUGUCGAAGGACACAAAGGCUUGGCGAGAUUGUUAGCAGCUCUGGAUGAUCCCUGGAACCUCGGGGAUGAAGGAUCAAAUGGGUUAAAUGGUGUAAUGCCAAUGGAAUGAUUGUGGCUUUAUUGGAUAUUUUAGCAUGUAAGUUUGUUUACUGUACAUUUCAAGAAUAAAAAUAAUUUAAAACA